AGAGUGUAUACCGCUGGGUGGAUAAAUGGGGGUCUAUUGAUAAUACCCCCCACCCCUUUCUAAUUCCCAGACCGCCCGUAAGGAAUGAGACCACGUGACGGCGUGCGGGGCGGUCGAACUAAAGCCAUUUUGGGGACGGUGGUGUCAGUUUCCGAAGCAGCACCUUCCUUAACCAGCGCGGAACGGGAACAGAAUAGCGAUCUUUACCGGGAUUUUACCAUCAACCCUUUUUUGUUAUUCUUAUUGUUCUCAGAUCUCUGGAUUUUUCACGGCUCGUGGAUCGGAUCGGAUAUUUGCGCGUUGGUUUGCGGUGUCAUUUUUUUUGUCUGCGUGUGAAAAGGCGUUCUCUCGCCCAGACUGCGAUGAGCGCGGCGGCUCUGCUACGUUAGAACCGCUGCAACUGACAGGCAGUGUGUGCACUUCACUCCAAGAUGGCCGCUUGGUGCUUAACGCUGCUUUUUUGCUGAUCCGCUCUCAAGUUUCAUCGUGUGAUUUAAAAAAAAAAACCUGGUGAGCGAGCGACUCUCGCCAAGCACAUAAGGUGCGCGAGCCUCAUGACGAUGCACCGAACCACGCGGAUAAAGAUCACGGAGCUGAACCCGCAUCUGAUGUGCGUGUUAUGCGGCGGCUACUUUAUCGACGCGACCACCAUCGUUGAAUGUCUUCAUUCGUUCUGUAAAAUGUGCAUUGUGCGGUAUUUAGAGACCAGUAAAUACUGUCCCAUAUGUGACGUACAAGUGCACAAAACCAAACCACUGCUCAAUAUCAGGUCGGAUAAGACCCUUCAGGACAUUGUUUACAAGCUGGUGCCUGGUCUGUUUAAAAAUGAAAUGAAACGAAGAAGAGAUUUUUAUGCAGCACAUCCAUCUGUUGAUGCCACAAAAGGAUCGAAUGAGGAUCGGGGAGAAGUAUCUGAUGAGGACAAGAGAAUCAUUGCUGAUGAUGAGCUCAUUAGUCUGUCAAUCGAGUUCUUUGAUCAGAACAGAUUUGAAAGUGGAGAUGGGGAACAUAAAGAGCCCAUAAAAGAGACGAAUGUAAAGCGAUAUUUACAAUGCCCGGCUGCUAUGACAGUGAUGCAUCUUAGAAAAUUUCUCAGAAGUAAAAUGGAUAUUCCGUGUAAUUUACAGAUCGUGGUCAUGUAUGAAGACGAGCCUCUGAAGGAUUAUUACACAUUAAUGGAUAUUGCCUAUAUCUACACCUGGAGGCGGAAUGGUCCGCUGCCUCUGAAGUACAGGGUUCGUCCCGGCUGUAAGAAGCUGAAGCUGAGCAGUGGUCCGAGCUGUGAGACUGCAAGUCGAAAACCUGAAACUGAGAGCGACUCAGGAAGUGAAAAGCUCAGUAGCCCAGUUCUUCACGCUCCUACACCAUCCACAUCCUCCUCUCUCAAUCAGAGUCAAAGUGCUCCAGUCAAAUCUUCACACUCAAGCUUCUCUCACCUCUCACCUGUUAACGGAGUGUCCAAUAAAUCUGGCCCCAAUGGCCAAGUCUCAUUCAGCAACAAAGCCAGCAAGGGUUCAGUCAAUGGCUCCAACUCUCUGGGGUGACAAAAGGACUAAUGGACACGAAAAGUCGUCAACGGAGAUCUGCAAACUUGGACGCGAAGUUUGUAGGAACUUUAGUGAGCGAAAGCGAUUACGUUGGAUUUCGUAAGAAAAGCUACGACUGCAAACUCUAUCCCUUAUGAGUUAGCACAUGCAACUUUUUACGACUUUUUGCAAUCGGGAGCUGUUUUCGGAAGGCAGUUUCAUUACCGAACCACAUUUUCCUUUUGUAUUAUGUAUGUUUAAGUACGUAUGUUGAGUAUGACUUCUUAUGUUUUUGUUAAGUACUAAACUUUCAUUGUUUGAAUAACGAUCAUGAAGUAUAUUUUGUGCAUGAAGAGCCCAGGAUGAACGCCAGGAUUCUACUAUUGUAUAAACUCCAAAUCAUUCACGUAGGUUAGGGCCUUGAUGUGUAGAAAAUGAUUUUCUUUUCUUUAAACAGGAAGCAGUGUUAAAUGAUGAUUAAAAAUGAAUCGUGCACUGAAUUGAUUAAUAGAAAUCUUUUUAACGACUAUUCGAAUCUCCUCAUAUUUUACUUAAACAUUAAGCUCUAGAUUAUGUAUAUGUAGGUACAUAAUGUGUAUACACAUACGUAUAGUAUAUACGUAUAACGUAUAUAUGCGUAUAUGUGAGCAGGGAAUGAACAAUAAGAAACUUUCGGAUGUUCUUGGUGAAAUUCUAAAAAAAUCCCAGUUCAUUUGGAACCGUUCAUGCUUCCAAAAGCUCGAAUGGUUCUGCUGGUGAGAGCAUUGAAAGAAAACCUACUAGAAAACAUUCAGUAACAUUCAGUAACUUUGAACAAUCACUAUCUGUCCUCUCACAUCAACAGACAUUAGAAAUGACCAGAUUCGAUUGAUUUCCCAUGACUUAUUUCGUACGUCUGUGCGUUUAUAUUAUUAUUAUUAUUAUUUUUGGCCUAACAGGACAUAUCAGUUGAUGUCUUUUGUGCUCCACGACUGUCUAAAUUUCCUUAGUUAUUUUUUCCUGACAUUUUCAGUCCUGUGUAUCUUUUUUUUUUUCUGCUGUACAAUA